AACCAACCGUUCACAACUAAACCAACCAAUCAACAUGUUCAAAUACUUCGCUCUCUGCCUGUUCGCCAUCGUGGCUUGUGUGGCUGCCAAGCCAGCGGUGAUUGCUGCUCCAUUGGCCUACAGUGCCUACUCUUCUCCCUAUGUGGCUGCUGCUCCUUACUCUGCUGCCUACACCGCUGCCUACACCGCACCAGUGGCCGCUGCCUACUCCGCCUACUCGUAUCCCUAUGCCUCUGCCUACUCCGCCUACCCUUAUGCCGCCUACUACCGUUAAGAUGAGAUAGAUUGUGAACAUGGAUCCUCUGACUACUGAACCGGACCUGAGAAAAUCAUCUAUAUUACAACAAGGAUACUUCCCUGAUAACCAACCUACUUCAUCCCACUGCUAUCCACCUUACCAUCCCUGGUAUUAGUUCGGCAGAUUCUUAGUUUUCCCACCUCUGCCGACUGCUGAAAGUUAAGUCAUGGGAUCAGGACAUACAAAUAUAAAAAAGGAAUAUAAUUGUUGAAAUAAAUAAUGCAUUUUGCGUGAAACGUAAA